AUGAGCGGCACCAUUCUUACUGCGCGCGACAACAAGAAGGCAUUCUACAGUCUCCUCCGCCAAUCGUCGCAGCCGGGAUGGCGCAAGAAACCGAAGCUGCAGCUCCUCUUCGACUCGAGCCGCGACGGAUGGAACUGUCCGACGUUCCACCAGAAGUGCGACAACCGUGGGCCGACCGUCAGCGUCUGCCAGAUGCAGGACGGGACCGUCUGCGGCGGGUUCACGCAGACCGACUGGAGAUCCAGCGGCAACUAUGUUUCCUCUGCCGGCUCAGCGUUCCUCUUCCGGCUUAAGUACCGUGGGCAGCCUGCGCCAUACCGAGCGAACUCAACUGGUAGCAACGACCUUAUGGAUAGCAGCAGCUACGGUCCCACGUUCGGAGGCGGGCAGGACCUCAUGCUAUUCUACAACAACAACUAUACAUCGAGCAACGGCGGAAUCAAUAUGAACAGCUAUUCAUAUCCGUACGAUCCGCUCACGGGAGGCUCCUACCCGCUCACCGGAGGCUACUCUCAGAUGACUCAGCCAGGGAACAACUACCGCGUUAGCAAUCUCGCCGCCCGGCGAGGCACGGACGAGACCGUGUGUGGGGUCUAG